AGUGUCUGGGGGAGAGCUUUUCGACCGCAUCGUUGAGAAAGGGUUCUAUACCGAGAAGGAUGCCAGUACCCUGAUCCGGCAGGUCCUGGAUGCCGUCUACUACCUGCACCGAAUGGGCAUCGUGCACAGGGACCUCAAGCCUGAGAACCUCCUUUACUACAGCCAGGAUGAAGAGUCAAAAAUCAUGAUCAGUGACUUUGGAUUGUCAAAGAUGGAGGGUAAAGGAGAUGUGAUGUCCACAGCCUGCGGGACUCCUGGCUAUGUUGCUCCUGAGGUUCUGGCACAGAAACCUUACAGCAAAGCCGUGGAUUGCUGGUCCAUCGGGGUCAUCGCGUAUAUCCUGCUCUGUGGGUAUCCCCCUUUCUAUGAUGAAAACGACUCCAAACUCUUCGAGCAGAUCCUUAAGGCAGAGUAUGAGUUUGACUCUCCGUAUUGGGAUGACAUCUCUGAGUCUGCUAAAGACUUCAUUCGGAAUUUGAUGGAGAAGGACCCUAACAAAAGGUACACCUGUGAGCAAGCAGCACGGCACCCUUGGAUCGCUGGUGAUACCGCGCUCAACAAAAACAUCCAUGAGUCGGUCAGCGCUCAGAUCCGGAAGAACUUUGCAAAAAGCAAAUGGAGACAAGCGUUUAACGCCACAGCGGUCGUGCGACACAUGAGACGGUUACACCUUGGCAGCAGCCUGGACAGCGCCAGCGCCAGCGUCUCCAGCACCCUCAGCCUUGCCACGCCGCUUCCCGACGCAGCCACCCGGAAAGAUUGUAUGUCUCCAUCCACUCUCUGUAGUUUUGUUUCAUCUGCUUCUUCAGGCGUUUCUGCAGUAGGAGGGGACCGGAGACCCAGACCCACCACAGUGACCACAGUGCACACGGGGAGCAAGUGAGAGCCGGGGCGGCGAGGAGCGGGCAGGCGGCUGGGCUGGCAGGGUUCCUCUGUGCGAUCCCACCCCGUGGUGCACGCUCAGCGAAGGACUAGAAGAAAGAAGAUUUUUUUAUGGCCAUAUUUUAUACUGCAAUUCUGAAAUGUUUCAUUUAUCACAAACUGCAAUGACUCCAGGGGGAACGGAUCUAACAGUCUCUGGUGCUGUACAUAUAUAUACAUAUAUAUAUAAAUAUAUAUAUAUAUAUGUGAGUCUAGCAAUGUUCUAACUAAUGAACACUUAUUCUUUUCCCUAGUGAUUUACUCUUUUCUCAGUGUAGGUAACAGUAUAUGUU